UCUGCAGAGUGUAUUUUAGGUGUAGUGGCGUUUAUCAAGUUAACUUUACCCAUAGGGACAAGCAAACUGUAUUGAUUUGUUUGUAUUUAUUUACAGUAUAAAUAAUAUAGGAUUAAAAAGAUCUACAAAGUGGACGUGAACUGUAGACAUGGGCGAGGAGAAUAAAGACGAAAAUCAGGAUCGUGGUAACUGGGACAAUAAAGCUGACUACUUGUUGUCAUGUAUUGGAUACGCAGUUGGACUUGGCAAUGUAUGGCGGUUUCCCUACCUUGCUUUCGAAAAUGGAGGAGGUGCCUUUCUCAUUCCAUACAUUAUUAUGUUGGUGUUUGCUGGCCUGCCAAUAUUUUUCAUGGAAGUCGCUCUCGGUCAGUUUUCGAGUCUUGGGCCAACCUCUGUGUGGAAAUUUAACCCAAUGUUUAAAGGCGUCGGUGUAUGCAUGGUUGUCCUGAGUGCGUUUGUCGGCAUUUACUACAACGUGAUCAUCGCUUAUACCAUGUUCUACUUUUUCUCAUCUUUAACAUCGAAUCUACCAUGGGAGACUUGUGAUAAUUGGUGGAACGAUGGAAGUAUUUGUAGCAUUUCCUUCGGUGACGUAUGUCCUUCUAUCAACGUAUCUAGCCUAACUGCACAAGAAGCAAACCAAAUCGGACCGUUCACAGCUAAUCUAACAUACGAUUCUACAACGAAUUUGUAUUCACAAGUUCCCAAAGACAUUGCUGGAAACAUUGAAAGCACUCUCAGCAGAAACUUGUCAACUUUGGGUUGCCCAGAAUUCGUUAAGGGUAAAUCACGUGGUGUCAGUCCAACCGAAGAGUAUUGGAAGAAUUACGCACUUCAUCAAGCCCCGAAUAUUAACACAGAAAAUACAGGAGUGCCAAACGUCAACUUAACACUUUCUCUCAUAGUCGCCUGGAUCGUUGUGUUUUACAGUUUGAUUCGUGGAAUUAAAUCUUCUGGAAAGGUCGUUUACUUUACCGCUCUCUUCCCGUACGUGGUUUUGUUGAUUCUGUUGAUCAGAGGUGCGACAUUGGAAGGUGCUUACGAUGGUGUGCAGUAUUAUAUUGGAAGCCAAUCUGAUUUGAGCAAGUUAAAAGAUGCGAACGUUUGGAAAGCAGCAGCUACUCAGAUUUUCUUUUCCCUGAGUGCGGCAUGGGGUGGUUUGAUUGCCCUUUCAUCUUACAACAAGUUCAAGAACAAUUGUUUUUUUGAUGCGGUACUUGUGUGUUCGGUAAACUGUGCCACGUCACUCUUUGCUGGUUUUGCAAUUUUUACGGUUCUCGGGCACAUGGCCUUCAAACUCGGAAAACCUGUCAAUGAAGUUGUGCAGUCAAGUUUCGGCCUUGCGUUUGUGGUCUACCCAGAAGCAAUUGCAAAGUUACCAAUCUCACCGUUGUGGGCGAUUCUCUUCUUCCUCAUGUUGUUCACCCUUGGCCUCGACAGUCAAUUCACAAUCCUUGAAACUGUCAGCACAGCAAUUAUCGACAGCUUUCCACGGCAGUUACGUAAUAGACGUUGGCAGCUCAUGUUACUUCUCUCCGUCGUUAUGUUUCUGCUGGGUCUUGUUUGUGUUACUGACGCUGGAAUAUACUGGGUAGAUCUAAUCGAUCACUACGCUGCUGGUUGGGGAUUGCUCUUUGUGGCAGUUAUGGAACUUUUCGGAGUUUGUUACAUCUAUGGUGGGAAUCGUUUCAUUGAAGACAUCGAAAUGAUGAUCGGGAAGAAGAAUUGGUGGUUCUGGUUGUAUUGGAGAGCAUGUUGGUUCUUCAUAUCGCCGUUGCUGCUUAUCGCGAUAUUGGUUUGGUCAUUGGUAACAUUUGAGCCAAUGAAGUACGCGGACAAAACACCAUAUCCUGCAUUCGCCACUGCUAUCGGUUGGUUGAUCAUUGCAACUGCAUUGUUGUUUAUUCCAGUUUAUGCACUGGUUUCCCUGGUUAAGAACAAGUGGUCUCUGUACAAGGCGUCCUCGCCGGCAGCGGACUGGGGUCCUUACAUCAAACAAUUCCGUGGCACCCGCUAUGCCAACAUGGCCGAACCUGCAGAAGCGCUAGAAAUAGCAAAGGGACGAACCGAUGGCAAAGACAAUCCAAACUUCGCUGAAGAUGAAAUAGGAAAUACAAAACUGUAAAGUAAACCAGUGGAAGCUCAAAUCACCCGAUCUACCUAUAUAUCUGUGUAACAUAAUUACUGUCACCGAUCUGCCAUUAGUUUAUAUUCAACCCGUUCACUGGAAAAUGAAAGAAUGCUGUAUACGGUAGGGUGGAGGAAGAUGGGACACCUUUUCAUUUUUACCCUGUCCUAUUAGGUAGUAAACAAAACAUUUAAAGAAUUGUAAAAUCAUUUUCUCACGACUCCCGUAGACCGUUGUUAAAUGUUUAAACCACGAUGAGGAUAUUUGGAGAUAAUGUGCUGAAGGUGUCCCAUCUUACCCCAGCACUAUAUAUAUAUAUAUAUAUAUAUAUAUCUUUACGGUUAAAAUUAUUCUGGAUUUCCAACUUGAAACUUAUAGCAGCCUUUUAAGUUACAAUAACAACGAAUUAACCACGUAGUUCGCCUUCGUCCAUAUUGCAACUUUUCCGCCUUUCUCAUUGUAUAUUUUAUAUAAAUGUUGCAGUCGUGUUUCCGUACCAUCAUGCUAAUUUGCUGAAACCUAGUUUUGAUUUGUAGUUUUUCAAAUAAUACAUUUAUAAUUAAUAGUU